UCUCAGUCAAUCAAGCACUAUCACGCCCAUCGCUAAAGCCCCACUGGCAUCGACAGAUGAGCAUAGAGCGCCACAGCAGCACCGCGACAGAGUGGGAACGGCACCACCUACAUGAAAGUGCCAUGCAUUUUAAUAUGCCGUGUGUUGGGUGCAUCUGUGAAUACUUUUAUGACCCCCACCCUUUUUCUUGUCAAUGUAAAAGUGGACGUGUUCGAAUUGGAGGCUGGAGCUAUAACUUAGCAUGAGAAACAAUCCAAGUGUAGCCUGCCAGAAGUCCUGAAAUAGCCAGAGGACCAGCAACCUUUGUUCUUGCAUUUUUUCCUUUCCGUCCUUUCCUCGUAGUGAAGUAACAUAAGGCAUUGUUUCAUGAGCUAAACAAGGCGAAAGGUAGCAAGAACAGGGGGUGACAGCCCGGAAUACCACAGUUCUCGUCGCCGGCUUCCGGGGAUUCGGGACGGCAUCAGACAACUGCAGACGUCGCUCUUGGGAAGGGCGAGCAUCAACACUGAGGAAUAAUCUGGAUAGUCACGGAUAAAGUAAACUUGGGGAAAUGUCUAGGAAAGUCCAAAGAAGCGAAGUAUGUGCGGACUGCAGUGCGCCAGACCCAGGGUGGACCAGCAUUAACAGGGGGGUGCUGAUCUGUGAUGAAUGCUGCUCAGUGCACCGCAGCCUGGGGCGACACAUAUCCAUCGUCAAGCACCUGCGGCACAGUGGCUGGCCCCCUGCGCUGCUGCAGAUGGUGCAGACCCUGGCCAGUAACGGUGCGAACUCCAUCUGGGAGCACUCCCUGCUGGACCCUGCACAGGUGCAGAGUGGACGCAGGAAACCCAACCCACAAGACAAAGUCCAUCCCACAAAGUCAGAGUUCAUCCGUGCCAAGUACCAGAUGCUGGCGUUCGUCCAUAAGCUGCCCUGUCGUGACGAUGACGGAGUCACCACCAAGGACCUGAGCAAGCAACUGCACUCCAGUGUGAGGACGGGUAGCCUGGAGACGUGUCUGCGGCUGCUGUCUCUGGGGGCGCAGGCCAACUUCUUCCACCCGGAGAAGGGCACCACCCCUCUGCACGUUGCUGCCAAGGCAGGGCAGGUGUUGCAAGCGGAGCUGCUGGUGGUCUAUGGAGCGGACCCUGGAGCCCCAGACAUCAACGGUCGCACGCCUAUAGACUACGCCAGGCAAGCAGGCCAGGUGGAGCUGGCUGAGCGACUGGUGGAGUGUCAGUACGAGCUCACAGACAGACUGGCCUUCUACCUGUGUGGACGGCGCCCAGAUCACAAGAAUGGGCAUUACAUCAUCCCACAGAUGGCUGACAGAGCUCGCCCUAAGUGCCCGACGCAGAGCUUGGACCUCUCUGAGCUGGCCAAGGCGGCCAAGAAGAAGCUUCAAGCGCUGAGUAACCGACUGUUUGAGGAGCUGGCCAUGGAUGUGUAUGAUGAGGUGGACCGACGUGAGAAUGACGCUGUGUGGCUCACGACUCAGAACCACAGCACCCUGGUGACGGAGCGCAGCGCCGUCCCCUUCCUGCCUGUCAACCCCGAGUACUCAGCCACACGCAACCAGGGCCGUCAGAAGUUGGCGCGCUUCAACGCCCGUGAGUUUGCCACACUCAUCAUCGACAUCCUGAGCGACGCCAAGAGGCGGCAGCAGGGCAAAGGCCUGAGCAGUCCCACUGAGGCACUGGAGCUGGACCAGGCGGACGACGACCAGCAUGACUACGACAGCGUAGCCUCGGACGAGGACACGGACAGCGAGCUGGCCACACAGAACAACAGCAACACGCAGCGCAACAACCGGGCCAAGAGUAUGGACUCAUCAGAUCUGUCGGACGGGCCCAUCACCCUGCAGGAGUAUCUGGAGGUAAAGAAGGCCCUGGCGUCCUCUGAAGCCAAAGUCCAGCAGCUCAUGAAGGUCAACAACAACCUGAGCGAGGAGCUGCGCCGACUCCAGAAGGAGAUCACGCGGAUGCAGACGGAGAACAGCACGCUGCGGGGGUGUCAGGCCGGCGGGACGGCCAUGUCGGGAGCAGGGGGCAGCGGCGCGGGGCUCUGGUCGGCCGGGGGGAUGCGCACGGGUGGGGGAGGGGGAAUGGGCAGCGGAGGAGGAGGGAUGGGCAUAGCGGGCGGAGGGGGAGCCGGGGGCAUGGGUCUGGGUUGCACCAUCACCAGCACCAACGCCGCCACCACCGCCACCGGCAUGCCCCUCCGCCGGGACCGGCAGGCCUUCUCCAUGUACGAGCCCGGCGCCGCUGCCCCCAAGCCCUUCAGCCCCGCAGACUCCCAGUCCGGCCGCCUGCAGCCCCUCAACCCCUCCAGUGUGCGGAAGGGCCCAGGUGGCCCCAGUCCCUACGGAGGCCAGCAUCUCUCAGCCUCCACUGAGGUGGGCAGGUACAUGGUCCCCAAAUCAGAGAAGCCCGGUAGCGGCACGGACAGUGACUAUGACAACACCCAAACAUACGACGUCUCACUAGGGGCGGGCCGCAGUAGUGAAGAGGAGAGCCGCACCGAGCUGGACGAGGAAGGGGGUGAGCCGGACCCCACGCUGCCCUGCACGGAGGACGUCAUCCUGAAGACGGAGCAGGUGACCAAGAACAUCCAGGAGCUGCUGAGAGCCGCCCAGGAGUUCAAACAUGACAGUUUUGUCCCAUGUUCUGAGAAGAUACACACAGCAGUCACAGAAAUGGCCUCUCUUUUCCCUAAGCGGCCUGCGCUGGAUGCGGUGCGCGGCUCGCUGCGUCUCCUAUUGGCCAGCGCAUCACGGUUGCAGGUGGAGUGCCGCAAGGCCGCGCCCUCAGACCCUUCCGCCGUCACCGUGGACUACCAGCUCCUCACGCAGCAGGUCAUUCAGUGUGCCUACGACAUCGCCAAGGCCGCCAAGCAGCUGGUCACCAUCACCACCCGUGAGAAGAAGCAGUGAGGCAGCCCCGCCAACAGGGGGCAGCCAAGGGUUUUGGGGGAUGGGGAAGGGGAGGGGUGAGCAGAAGGAGAGAUGGAGAGAAGAGGAAACACUCGUGACUGACAGACAGAGAGAGAACUGCAGGAAGAGAGAAAAUGGGGGAUAGAAAGGGCAGUAGCUGUGUGAGGAACUGGGAAUGGGGGGAGAGAUGGAAAGAGUGUCCUGAAUGGAGAGAGAGAGAGAAGAAGGGAUGCGAGGAGCGAAAAAAAGAAAAACAUAAUCAUGACGCUAAAUGCAGCUAUCACUACAGAUGGGGUGGGGAGGGAGAGACAGAGGACUGCCAGCGCAGGCACUCGAGGAUGCGGAGACGGCACGGCACACAAGAGGCAGAA